GAAAUCGCAAGAAAGCUUCCUGUGUGGUUCCAUUUAGGAGCAUCAAGCGACUUAAAUAAAUUAAAUAAUCACCUUUACGCCAACUGCUUAAGACAAGUGCAUAAGGUAUACACAGUCGGUCAACUGGAAAACUUAGCCCGAAGGCAAGACCCGGACCACAAGAAAAACAAGGAGUGCCCAUGCAGCCACUGCUCCCUAGAUAGAUCCAUACAAUGCAAGAAACCCUUCAAAUGCAUGCAACUAAUGAAGAGAAUACUUACCUGUAUACUCCCUAAAUGGAACCCCGCGACGUGCACAACUCCAUACAUGCUCACCAUCUCCCCCGAACAAUUCACCACUAUCGGAAACGAUCAGGACGACCAGGACCAAACCCCCUGCAUCUUCAACCCCGUCCUUCCAUCACCAGAAACACUCGACGAGGGCUUCAGAAUAUUCUCGGCCUCUGACCCUCCCUGUACAAUCCUGGCCAGCCAGACAAAAGUCCACCAAAGGGCUCCCCCGGAACUGAUUAAAAUCACAAUCACAGGCACCCAUAAUGUCAAUAAGGAUGGAGACCACGAAUCAGGUGGGAGUGUUUGGUUCAGAACCAGAGAUACCUGCAACCUGUCAAUCAAAAUACCAGAAGAACUAGCAGCCCCUGGCACAGGAGAAGCUGGAGCAUUACUC